UGCUGUGUGAGAGCUUGAGCUUUUCCCCUCCUCCCCCCGCAUCCGGCCAGGUAGGCAGCACCUGUGUGGCCCACAGAGGAGUGCCCUGCUCUGGCCCUCCUCCUGGGAGGCGGUGACGCGGGGUGGUGGCGCUCCGUCCCCAUCUGCCCGUCCACGCGUACCCCCUAGGGACUUCCCAAGUUCUCCCAGGGGUACAUAUGUCCCUGGUUGACAACCCUUAUCUUAAGUCAUAUGAGGUCAGAGGCAUGUCAUCCACUUGAGAUCAUUCCCUUUACAUAAGAGUUGCAGGGAAGAUUUGUAGAACUCUUCAGUCUGAUUUGCAAAGCAUUAUUGAUUGUAUUUGGUAGAUCAUCAAUCAAUUUGGCUUGUUUUUGUAAUGGGAUUGGACAGGUGAAAAGCUAUUUCUGACUUUCCUGGGUAUUAUGUUUUAACCCAUUCCACCUCCAUAGCAAGUGAUUGCUUCUCGUGAAGAGCAUGCUGUUCGAGAAGCAUCUUAUCCUUCCUACUCAAGAAAGGUUCUGCUAUCUAUUGUAGCGGAGAGUAAGACAAUGGCAGGCAACAAUCAGCUUUGCAUUAGACGUUGGACUACCAAGAAUGUAGCCAAAUGGCUGAGGGAAGAAGGCUUCUGCGAGUAUGUGGACAUCUUGUGCAAUAGGCACAGAUUGGAUGGAAUUACAUUAUUAACUCUGACUGAAUAUGAUUUACGAUCACCUCCUCUGGAAAUCAAAGUCUUAGGGGAUAUCAAAAGGCUCAUGUUAUCUAUACGCAAAUUGCAAAAACAGCAUUUUGAUGUUUUAGAAGAGUUGGGUUACAGUAGUGACAGUCACAUAGGAACAAUUUCUCCUACUGUUGGCUCCCUUCAGGGUACGGAUUGGUUCUGUAAUGGUGAAGUACCACGGGAUUGUGAUGAACCAGUUACUGACUUAAAUGGCGAUCAGUAUCAAUACACAAAUGGAAAAAGCAAACAGCAAACCCGGAGACUGGACCCAGAAUACUGGAAGACUAUUUUAAGUUGUGUUUAUGUUUUCAUAGUGUUUGGCUUUACAUCAUUUGUCAUGGUUAUAGUACAUGAACGAGUACCUGACAUGCAAACAUAUCCACCACUACCAGACAUAUUUCUAGACAGUGUUCCUAGGAUACCAUGGGCCUUUGCCAUGACUGAAGUGUGUGGCGUGAUUCUCUGCUAUAUCUGGCUUCUGGUUCUUCUUCUUCACAAACACAGGUCUAUACUUCUGCGAAGAUUAUGCAGCCUGAUGGGGACAGUGUUUUUGUUACGCUGCAUCACAAUGUUUGUUACCUCACUCUCUGUGCCAGGCCAGCAUCUUCAGUGUUCUGGCAAGUUGUAUGGAAACGUGUGGGCAAAACUUCAGCGAGCAUUUGCAAUUUGGAGCGGGUUUGGAAUGACACUAACUGGAGUACAUACGUGUGGGGAUUAUAUGUUCAGUGGCCAUACUGUUGUUCUGACUAUGCUGAACUUCUUUGUCACAGAAUAUACACCAAGAAGCUGGAACUUCUUGCAUACUUUAUCCUGGGUCCUGAAUCUGUUUGGAAUCUUCUUCAUUUUGGCUGCACAUGAACAUUACUCUAUAGAUGUCUUCAUUGCCUUCUACAUCACCACAAGACUCUUUUUGUACUACCACACAUUGGCUAAUACCAGAGCAUAUCAUCAGAGUAGGAGAGCGAGGAUUUGGUUCCCCAUGUUUUCCUUUUUUGAAUGCAAUGUUAAUGGCACAGUUCCAAAUGAGUAUUGCUGGCCCUUUUCAAAACCUGCCAUAAUGAAAAGGCUAAUCAGAUAAAGACCAUCUCCCUGAUGUAGCCCAAAUAUGCACAAAGUAUUCAUGCUUACAUGACUACAGAACCGACUGGAAAAAUAGGAAAAUAACAACUUUUUUUUUUUUUAUCCCUGAGGUCUCCUAAUAUCUUGCUGCUUAGCUUCUCAGUUACAGAAUGAGCUUCCCAUAAUCAACAAGUUUCUUUUAGUAGAAAGCAAGAUUAGGGUAAAUAGCAGCUGCCAGUUAAUAAUUAGGUGUCUGAAGCAGAAGUCCUAGUUACAGUCUUUAGAAAGGUUCUACACAAAUGUUUUAGGUAAAGUAAAACUUACACUUCUAAUGUAUGCUUGUAUUGAAUUUAGUUUGUUGCUUGGAGGUCCAAAUAUUUUCUGGUACCUGGAAUGUCUGCCUGUACAGAUAAUAGCAAGUAGUAAUUUGUUUGCCAGUGACUUGCUUUUAAAAAUAUUAAUCAUAAAUAUAAUAUUUAAAUUGAACUGUUUACACUUAUACAAUGAGUUUCUGAAGAGUAUUGUGUCAUAUUGUGGAAAAUAGUAGAGCUCCUUACUAAAAAGGGGUCUCAAAGCUUAAAUAAGAGAUCUGAAAAAUAGUGAACACCGUGUGAUUUAUAUACAGGAUGCCAAAAAAUGAAACCAUCUGCCUUUUGAAUAUGCACUGAUGAUUUGUGGACAGGGCUUUUGUGAACUGUUUAUUCUGUUAUCCUAUCAUGUGGAGGUUUCCUUUUCACUCCUGCAUGAGUGGGUAAAAACUAAGACUGAUUUGUUGAAAAUAAAGUUGACUUAAUGUUAGUGCCACAGAAUAACACUGUUCUGUGUGGUCCAAACAUUUAAUUCCCCAGGCUUGCACAUGCUUUAUGAGCAAUUAUUUAACCACUGGAAGGAUAAAACAGUUAAGCUUCAAGUAUUUUAAUGUCCCAUAAAUGGAUGGGAAUGUGCAUGUAGUGAGUGAUUCAGGAAGAGCUCAAUAGUGAAUUUUAGAAAUAGUGCUAACAUUGAUCCUCCUGUUUUGAAUUCUUAUCCUAAUCCAUUUGAUAUCAGCAGAAUGUUGAAUAUCUUUGGAUAAAGGUUUUUGACAAAUGGGGUAUAUAUAUAGUAAAUGAUUUAUAUGAGUCUUAUUUCUGACAGUUUUGAAAUUAGAUUGGUUCUUAAGCUGCUUGUUUAUUACAUUAAGAAUUAGUUAAAGUAGCAUAAGUGAUUUACCUUCCAUAAUAUGGAUCACUUUUUGUGAAUGAGCCCUGUCUGUGCUUAUGAAGGGAGUAGUAAAUAGAACUGGGGCUUGAAGUACUGUAUGCAAGACGGUUCUGACUUUAGUUAUUUAAAUUCAGUGUUAAGCUUAUGCUUAAUAUAAAGUGGUAGUUUUUAAUUUGAGAGUUGCAAACUGCAACAAAUAUUUGUGAUUUGCACUCGAAUCUCCUAUGUCAAUUUCAAGUUCAGCGAGUGUGUGAGAAGAGGUAAUGAGCCAGUCUUGCAGAGUUUCUGUGAAAUUUUGCCAGUCUGCCACAAGUUAUUGAAUCUCAGCUUAAAGUGACUAAAGCGUGCUUGCCAGUCAGGUGUAGGAUUCUGUAAGAUUUAGUAACAUAUUUGAAGCUUUGUAAUCUGCUUUGAUCUCCCUACACUUGCAUCUCUCUAACAAUCCAACUUUGAACUUGGAACUAAAAGUGUCGAUUACCUAGAUCAUAUUUUCUAACCUUACUAAUAUCUAAAAAAAUUUGCAACUUAAUUUAGUUCCUUGGAGGAAUUUCAGAUAUUAAUGCGUCUGUACCAGAAGUAUUAGAGAUACAUAUUAGAAGUUCUAAUAACCUGCACACACAGGUAUUUAUGACAUUCCAUUUUUUUUAACAGAUUGCAGAUUUUAUAUCACCCAAAACCAUGCCAGAUGCUCUUGGCAUCCAAACUGCAGAAGUACACUGACGCUUCACACAAAAAAAAAAAAAAAUCCAAUGGUGAAUCAUUUAAGGCCAAAAAUGUUAAUUUGUAGCCUUUGCCUUCUUAAUAGGAGAGGCAAUCUGAACAUUACUUUCUGGUAUUUCCUGUCCCUUUCCUUGUGUUUCCCCUCAUCUCUUCCCCCCCCCCCCCCCCCAAAAAAAAAAGACAACAAAAGAAAACCCCUUUUUCUUUAUCACACUUACAUUUACUCUCUUUUUACUGGGUUGUUGUUUUGAACAAGAAAUAACUCAAAUGUGUUUUCUAGGUUAGGCAGAUUUGUAUUUGUAUUUUGCUAUAUUCAGAAAACUAGUCAAAUUAGCAAACUCGGGAUUGCUGACUGAGUUAACUAUGCCUGAAUUAUAGAAUUAUUUGAGAAUCUUUUAUUUUGUUGUAUCUAGUAAAGCAAAAGUUUUUGGUUUUUUUUAAAUAAUUUAUCAACCCAACAAAGGCAGUUUAUGUAAGGUAAAAUACUACUACUUUUCAUUUUUUGAAGCUCAAAUAUUUUGACUUCUGCCUGUAACGCAUUAAAAGCAGUAGUGGUGUAUCUUUUUGAGUAUUUUUAGAAGAUAAUGUGAUAUUUGUCUACACAAUUGUUUUGCCUAUUAAUGCAUUGAUUCUCUUACUGCUAAGAAUCUGUGUACAGUAUUUGUAGUAUGCAGAAAUUGGUUUCCUGAGAGCUGGGAAGUUGUUGAAUCAGUUGUUUGGAGAUGAACCUGUGACAGUUAGCCACACCUGCCAAUAAACACAAAGUGAAUUGUGAAGAUUUCAAAGAAAAAUCUCACAUGUUCUUACUCACAGUUUCCUAAAUAACUUGGAUUGGCAUGUAAAGGAAUACUGUCAGCUUCAUUUUUGUUUAAGUUCAAUUUUAAAAACAAAAAGGAGGUACAAAAUUUAUCUUUAAAUUGAGGUACAUAAUUUGUUUUAGAAGUUUCACAGUGUUUUAUUAAGGGCCUUUUCUGUUCAUCAGCAGACAUUAACAAGCAUACUUCUUAAUAUUGUUACUAGAGCGUGGAUGAGCUAAGAGGGACUGUUAAAUAUGAUUGGGUUUGCCUUUCCUUAAGACAUCUGUUGGCUGUUUUUGAUAUCAGCUUUACCUCUGGUGUUUCCACCAAAUCACUUCUUGCUCAGCCUGGGAAGAAGCCUACCUCCGAGUUCCUCAUUAGAAGUAGUGCGUGUUUGAGCUAUCAUUAACUUGGUGCUUUACACAGCAAAUGAGUAACAAAACCAUGAGUAAAAAUUACUCUCAAAAACACAAAUUAAACUGAUCCAAGUAAGGACUUGAGGCUUUGAGAGAUCUGUGAUUGAAUACUUUAGACAAAUGUAUAAAAUUGGGAUUACCUUAUUUGUAUAUGUAUAUUAAAAUGACAGGUGAAGGAAAAAUAGUGUAUUUGGGCAAGGCUGAAUAGUCUUCAAGGCUUCUUUAUUUAAAAUUUCAUUCUUUGUUUCUUCCCCCCCACAACCUUCUCCUCCUAACAGGUUUUGAAAACAAGGGGUAAUUAUGAUGCUCAGAGAUGAAGGGUUUUUUUAAGCAGGCCCAAUUAGACUUUCAAACUAAUUUAGAAUGCUGACAGACGUAGGAAAACCCUCUCUCUAGUCUAUACAUCACCACUGCUUCAGCCGUUUUGAGGAGUCCUCCGGCAAAAAUAGAUCAAGAGCUGAUAAUUCUGGCUUUUCUGAGAGAAAAAGUGGCAAGGUUUUUGCAGGUCCACAGUUUUUGAACUUUCAGGACUAAUUUUAAAAAGUCCUGCAAGAUCAUUACUUUGAUACAACAAAGACUGUGCUUAACUGGGAGCAAAAUAAAGCAUGGCUACACUGUAAGUUUCCUGCCUGAGGUACAUAGUGCAUGAAGAGCAGGGAGACAUUUAGAGCAUACCACACUCUGAUAUUGGUAUAUUCCUGGUGUGGAUGUAUCCAAGUAAUCCUAUAAUAACUGCUGGAUUCAGGCUAGUGUACCCUGUACUUGAUAGAUUCAAGCCUUCAGUCCAUAAAUAGGACAAAAUGUUUCCUUUCAAGUUGUAUUUCAGAUCUCCAUGUACCAUAUAGAAAAAUAUAUUUUAGUAGUAGUUUCCAGCAUGAUUGCAUGUCAGAGUAAAGACCAUUCCAUAAUAAUUGCAUCAAAUGCAGGUUUGAGUAUCCCAACUCUUGGUGCUCAGAUGUUACACAAGAUUUGGUUUUGCAAGCGACAGAACCCACCAACUUGACUCUCUUGUACAUGUGCAGAUUUAUAUUCCAAAGACCAUUCUCGCAAUGUUUUCUUAUUUAGCUGACUUUAUGUAUUUCACCUGGUGCCAACACAAAUGAGGACAUUUUGGGGGUGGAAUUCACAGUGUAGUGUUGAACAAAAAAACUUUGUGAAACUGUUUGUUAAAGUCCUCAUAACUUUUUCUGAUUGAACAGUAGCAGGAAAUACAUAUUCAUUAGUGGUAUACAUGUUGUUUACUAAUUAUUUCUCUUGCACUGAUCCUUAGGCUUAAGUUCACAUUGCUAUUUAAGCACCUACACACCUUUGCAGUUGAACCUUAGGCAUGUGAAGUUUUACAUUUGUAAGGGAGUGUCUGUAUAACAAGAUUAAUUUAGCUGUUUGAUAUUUUUUUGGACGUCCACUAUCACAUUUAUAGUAACAGUAAUAGAUGAUGAGCUGUCCUUCCUACAGGCGUUUUUGUUUGAGAAGGGAGGAAGUGUUUCUUUUAGAAUAUGGUGAAAAACAGACGAGGUUAGUUUCCUUGAAUUAGCAUUCAUUUAAAGAAAGUUGUCUUGAUAAUCAUAAAGGCAACACGGACCUUGUAGGUGUGGCAGUUUUGUUGGCAGACAGCCCAUGAGCUCUGAGUUGCCUUGCGUUCACAAAGCUACUUGGAUCAAGGGCUAAUUAACAGUCCCCUAAUAAUCUACACUUUGGUUAUUUCUGUUAUCCAUUGAGAUUGUCCUCCUGAUUUUUUUACACUAAUUGCUUACUGAAACAGUGUUUAUGGGCAAAACUUGAAGUAUGAAAUGAACCUACAAAAAUAUUUUUCACCGUAAACGUCAGUUAAGACUAAAGUUACGGGACUACGUUAAACCUCAUUUCAGUCUCCAUAUUCCAACUCUUGAUGAUGCUUAUAAGUCAAGACUUGAGAAUGUUGCAGUGAGUGAAGUGUUGUACAUAAUUCAAGUUUACAUAUACAUUUUCAAAAUACACUUGUGAUAGUUGUGUAAGAGUUUAGAACAAGCUGUUGAUUGUAGAGCAUAUUGUCUUAACCUGUUAGCCAGUGAUGAAGUAGCAGUUUCAUUUUUACAAUGUACUAUAGUUUUGCUGUCCUCAUUUUUUUCAAUGGAAUUACAAACUACAUUAAUGUGUACAGCAUGUAGUCUGGCAAGGAUACAAAAACAGGACUUUGACUUUUAUGGAAAAAAGUCUUUUCCUACUAAAUACAUUUUAAAGUGUUUUUUGUUCCUGUCCCUGUCGUUCCCUUCUCCCCUCCCCCACUUCCCACAAGAAAAGAGUAUUAACACUUCAAAAGUUCCUGUGGCAGUCAGGUUUGAAGCAUAGUAAUGUAAAUAAAUAUUGUUUUGACUUUUAAAACUAAACCCAGAUUUAAUUAAUAUAUUGUUUUAUAUCUUUGUUGUAUUAAAGCAAAUAUUUAAAAGAAUUAAAAAUAAAAUUGUUGAAA